AGAGUCACGUCCAGAGCUGUCGCCCCUCGCAGCAUUUCGCAGCCAUGUGCCUGGGAGCCUUUGAUGUGGCAGGGGUGGAGCUUCAUGCCCCAGUUCAGAAGCCAGAGGAGAAGGCGAUCACCGAGGAGGCCGUCACCGUGCCGGAGCUUCUGCAGCAAGCGCUGGCCGCCUCCCAGGGUGCUCCCAACCGCGCAGUGAAGCGCCGCGUGCGCCAACGGCUCCACAAGAAGCUUGGUGCCAUUUGCAACAAGGAGGAGUUCGACCAAGCCAUGGAUGAGUUCAAGGUUAUGGAGGAGAAGAGCGAGAAGCCAAGGAACCGCCGCAAGAGCGCCGCCAACCGCGCAGGCACCGAAGUCAAAGAAGUCAAAGCUCCCCAGAUCAGCCAGACUUUCCUGGCCGUGCCCUUCUUUCAGUUCACAGCUCCGGGCAUUAUGAUCGGACAGCCCAUUUGUGCCGUGCAGUCGGUGCGGCCGGUGCGGGAGCAGGUGAAGGUUGAGGAGCAAGUGCUGGACUUGCUUCCAGGAUCUCAGGCACAGGUCCCGGAGACCAGCACAGAGGCCACGGAGGCUGCGUCGGAGCUCCAGAGCGUCAGCUCUGAGGACAGCCGCGAGUUGUGGUCGCUCCCUUUGCCAGUGGAGCGCACUUUCAUCCAGUUCACGACCCGCGCCCACGUGCCCCGCCGCGCGCACUCGGUAGGGGCAUGACUCUACUUCUGAACUUCUGAUGGCUUGACAAUGGACUGAUAUCGAACGAUCACAGACUCAUCAACCAGUGCCUGCAAAGACCGGCAUGUUGCCACAACUGAAAUGAGCA